AUGAAACAACGAUUUUCGGCGCUUGACGUCCGAGCUACUGUUUCUGACCUGAAAGAGCGUAUUAUCGGUCUCCGUUUACAGAACUUUUACGACAUUAGUCCAAAGACGUAUUUAUUGAAAUUUGCAAAGCCUGAUAAGAAAGAAUUUUUACUCGUUGAAUCGGGCAAUCGUAUCCACACUACACAAUUUACUCGAGACAAGUCGAUCAGUCCCUCGACUUUCUGCAUAAAGAUACGCAAACACAUAAGAGCACGAAAACUGACAAAUGUUAGGCAACUCGGCAUUGAUAGAAUAAUUGAUUUUGAAUUUGGCAGUUUUGGAGAAGGCACUACUUAUCACUUAAUAACCGAGUUCUAUGCAGCCGGUAAUAUUAUAUUAACAGAUGGCAGCUAUACGAUCCUCGCAUUACUACGUGUCGUACAGCCAAAAGAAAACCAACGCAUGGCAGUUGGCCAUAUAUACGACAUAAGUUCCGUAGCUAGAGAUGCUGAAGCUAUUACAAUCUCAAGAUUACAGAGUGUAUUAAAAAAUGCAUCGCCAAAAGACACACUCAAAAAAGCUUUGAUUUAUGGUUUAAACUAUGGACAAUCGUUGACGGAACACGCUAUAUUAAUAGCUCAAUUGGAUCCAACCCGGAAGAUAGCGGACAUAACUGAUUUUUCCGAUGAUUCAGACCUGAUGAAGGCCUUACUCAAUGGCUUUCAAGAAGCUGAUCGAAUUAUUUCAGAAAGUGCUAACAGGCCUCAAAAGGGUUAUAUAAUUUAUCGUAAACAUAAAGAAAACGUUGAAGCAGAUGACAAUGAGAAGAAAAAAGAGCCCUUAACUACUUACGAUGAAUUCCAUCCAUUUCUUUUUGAACAACACAAAUCAAAGCCAUUCAAAGAAUUCGACUCUUAUGAUGCAGCUGUUGACGAAUACUUCUCCUCACUCGAAUCUCAAAGACUCGACCUUAAGCAGCGGGCUCAAGAAGAGUUAGCCAUGAACAAAUUAGAGACUAUUAGGCAAGAACAAUUUGGCCGUGUUCAGGGUUUGGAACGGUCCCAAUUAGAGAACGUGCGGAAAGCGAAGGUCAUUGAGCAAAAUAUCGAUAUUGUGGAUCAGGCAUUAUUGGUAAUCAGACAGGCAAUUGCAUCAUCUAUGGAUUGGAAGGAUUUGGAGAACCUGGUAAAAGAAGAAAGGAAUAAAGGCAACCCUAUUGCCAAUAUAAUAACAGGACUGAAAUUAGGAUCGAAUCAAAUAACCCUGCUUUUGGGUGAGCCUGAAGAAGAUACAUAUCAGGACUCGGAUGAAGAAAUUGACGAGGAAGACAGCAAACAAGCGGCGUCCGAAGUUGACGUAGACAUCUAUCUAUCUGCUUUCGCGAAUGCUAGACGUUACUAUAAUGUCAUGAAACAGUCUGCUGCAAAACAAGAAAAAACUUUACUUGCUGCUGACAAGGCUUUUAAAAGCGCGGAGAAAAAAAUCCAACACGAUCUCCGAGAAACAAGAAUAACAGCUUCAAUCACGCAAAUUCGUAAAACUUUCUGGUUUGAGAAGUUCUGGUGGUUCAUCUCAUCUGAAAAUUAUCUUGUCAUUGCUGGGCGGGACAUGCAACAGAAUGAGUUGAUAGUAAAAAGACAUCUUCGAAAAGGCGAGUUUGGCCACCUUAUCUUUACUCGGUGCAGCGAUGUCUAUGUUCACGCUGACCUACAUGGUGCCGCGUCAGUCAUAAUAAAGAAUUCUCACGAAGGUCAGCCAAUACCUCCAAGUACGCUCUACCAAGCAGGAGUUAUGUCUGUAUGCAUGAGUAAAGCUUGGGAUGCAAAAAUUGUUACUAGUGCCUAUUGGGUACAUGCUGAACAGGUAUCAAAAACUGCACCAACUGGGGAAUAUCUUACCACUGGUUCAUUCAUGAUUCGCGGUAAGAAGAAUUUUCUCCCGCCUGUUCAAUUGGCGUAUGGAUUUGGAGUCAUGUUUAGAUUGGAUGAGCAGAGUUAUGCCAAUCAUCUUCACGAAAGACGGCCAAUGAUUGCCGACGAUGACGAUGAAGAGAGAGAAAUGGGAAACAACGAAUUGAGCCAAAACGCGGCGGAGAUAGAAAACAAGGAUGAGAACAACCGUGAAAUUGAUGAUGGCGAAGAUAAUCUGUCCAUAUUGGAUGAUGAUACUAUCAGUCAAGAGACAGAAACAUCAGUUCAACCCGUUGACAACGAAACUAAACCGAAUACUGAGCUGGCUGACCAUACAUCUACCGAACUGAAAAGUAGAAGAGAUUCCGAGAGUAACGUGGGGUCGUCUCUUGUUGGUACAUGGGAGAAGUACAGUCUUGACGAGUAUGGCGACGACCUUGAUGAGAGAGAAAGAACUGAGCAACCAAGGACCCGAAAACAAUAUAUUACAGCGAAAGAGAGGCGAAUGAUGAAAAAGCAAAAAAACAGACCAAUCUCUGAAGAUGCUACUGCCACGAUUAUUGCUGACCUUGUUGAUGACCCCUCCCAAAAUAAAGGUAGAAAGGCAAUACAGGAGACUAAGCAGUCAACCCCACCACAGCCGCCGGUUCGCGGUAAGAAAGGUCGAUUACGGAAAAUGAGAGAGAGAUAUGCGGAUCAAGACGAAGAAGAGAGACAACUGAGGAUGGAGCUGUUGGGUUCUAAUAGGGGUCCCCAAAGUAGGGGCAGAAAAGAAAGGAAAGAUGCUGAACGUAAGGCUACUUCACAAACUGGCAAAGAUUCGGCGAGAAAAGGGCCUAAGCAUGAACAAACGGGUGAAACUAGCGAGAAUACACUAGAGAACCAAGCAGCAGUGGAAGAGUUGCAAGAAGCAGAAGAAGUUCGUCAACUUUUUAAGGACGAAAAUAUUACGUUCUUGGAAGGCAGCGAGGCUGAUAAUCUCACAAUACUUGAUACAUUGACUGGUACUCCAUUUGCAGACGAUAUCCUGCAAUUUGCUGUUCCUGUGUGUGCCCCGUACGCUGCCUUACAGAAGUAUAAAUAUAAAGUCAAGCUACUUCCUGGGACAAUGAAGAAAGGAAAAGCAUGUAAGGUUGCUACAAACUUCUUCCUCCAUGUCCCUGAUAUUACGCCAAGAGAAAAGGAAUUAAUCAAGAGUAUACCCGAUGAAGAAGUGAUGCUUGUGUUGCUCGGCAAAUGUAAAGUAACAGCACCAAAUAUUGAGAAAUCAAAAAUGUUGGCGAGGAAAACAGCCAGAAGCAAUACACUUGACACAGGAAUCAAGGACCUUAAAUAA